CGAUACCUCUCGCUUGAUACCACCCCUGAUUAUUAUUUUUCAAGAUGGAGAAAGUUAAAGAGGUAUGCAUUUUCCCCGCCCCUUCUUACUUUUCCCACUUUUAACCCCAUUUCUUGUCGGCUGUCUCCGAGAUGACAAAAAUAUAUAUAUACUUCUAUUCCUUGCAUCGGAAAUUCAAACACUAACACCUCUAUGGUCAGAAAAUGAUCUCCCUUCGCGCGGAGGUGGAUGACGCGCAGGCGAAAAACGAGGAACUUCAAGCGAAGAUUAAAGUCCUUGAACAAGAAAAUCUACAAAAAGA